GAAAAAACGUCAGCAGGGAACUGAUGAGGCUCGUGAUUACAAUUGUACGAAAUUGACGUAGUUUAAAAUGUCUGAAGCCAUGAAGAAAUUCACUCCAUUCGAUAAAGGCGUAAAAUUGGUGUCAAAACCAAGCGAUAUCGAUGAAUAUGAUGAUGAUCCGGGUGUUUUAAGGGCUCAGCUGUCCUGCGGACAUGUCAUCGAUCCAGAGACACUGACUGAUUGUUGCAGAGCUCAACUGGAAAAUGGACAGACUAAAUUCAGAUGUCCUUUGUGCGAGAAAGAAUGGCCAUAUGAUGAAGUGCGUAAACUGGCUAAGCUUACAGUUGAUGAACAAUUCAGUUUUGAGGAAAAGCUUGGGACAAACACCGUUAAGAAGUUACUGGACUUCAGGGAUUGUCCUGGAUGUGGUACUUUAAUUGAAAGAUCAGAUGAUUCCAAUCUCUGCGUGCUGUGCUCAGUUUGCACAGUGAAGACUGGACAAAUCUUUGAAUUCUGCUGGCAGUGUGAGAGAGAGUGGAAAGGGCCUCGACCUCAUACUGAUCAUUGUGGUAACGUGGGGUGUAAAAGUGCGGACCAGGAUCUUCUGAAGACCUGUCCAAUAAUUACUUUAACAUCAGUUGUAUGUAAGGAGUCAAAUGCUCAUGUCCAGUGUCCAGCAAUUCGUGCCUGCCCAUUUUGUGGUGUAUUAAUAGAACAUAACAAGGGAUGUAAAAUUAUGUCAUGUCGUGAAUGUAUGAAGCAGUUUUGCUUUGCUUGUUUAAAAUCUGCCAGUGACUGCCUUAAAACUUCUACUCAUUUCAUUGCAUGCUCAGCAGGUGUGGCAUCAAGACAAAUUAAGUAAGAUGUCCAACAAAGUUGACAUUUAAAGCAGUGGUGUUUGCCUUAAGUCUACAUUCGAUUUGCCUUAAAUAUAAUAAAAAACAUGUAAAUUGAAUAUUGCAAAUAAAUCUAUACCAUUCCACUAUAUUAAUUUAGCAGACAUCUCCAAAGCAACUUACAAAA